ACCAUGUUUGUUUUGAGAUCGGAUAUGUAGCAUGUAUUAUAAUAUACAUCGUGUAGUUGUGGUCGUAUUUCCAUACUCUACAUGGUUUACACCAGAAACUUUUUUUUCUAAUUAAAAUUAUUUACUAUAGAAACUAAAAUACAUUUCAUAUUUCAAUUAAUUUGUCUUUUUUUUUUAAUCACCAAAUUUAAUUUGUCUUAGAUCUUCCUCAUUUUUGAUAAAUACGUAAUUGCUUUUAAUAAGUUUAACUUAAUUGGAGAUUAAGCAAACCGAAGAGUCUUCCUGAAUUAAGUCGGAAUUUUUCUUAAAUUUGCUAAGAGUGAGUUCUUGACUUCUUGUACUGAAAGCUCUAAAGCUUCGGCACUAAUUAGAAUCCAAAAGCCAAAUCACAGUACAAUGGCAAAUAAUCUCAAUCACCACCCAUUCGAAGAUCCACCAUCAUCCCCAUAUUCAAGCGCCGGCGAGGAAGAAAUAGAGUCUGAAGAAGAAGACCAGCAGCAUCUGCAUACCAUAUUUUCUUCAGAAGAAGACGAACCCGAAGAUCCUCCACCGAGAUCUGGUUCCAAGAAGGACGUCUGUGGUUCCAGCGAGUCUCAGCUGACAGGGAAGAAGCGUCUCUCAACCAACGCGAGUUCGAAUGUAGCCAAGAAAAUUUGUACCCAAGGUGGGAAGAUGGGAACUAAUACACCAUCUUUUGCGAGAGUGUUUAGUGAGAAAGAUGAGAUUGUUUUGUUACAAGGUGUAAUUGAUUCCCAAGUGAAGAAUCCAUUGAAAUAUAAGCGCAGUUUCUACCAAUCAAUGAAGGGUUCUUUUAGCUUCGAUGUUACCUUGGUUCAGUUCAAGGACAAAAUCCGUAAUCUGAAAAGAAAAUAUAAAGCCAAAGAGAAGAGCGGUGAACAAGCAGCUUCUGCUUCGAAUCCGCAUCAACAAAAGUGCUUUCAGUUAUCAAAGGCUAUUUGGGGAGCUGAUGGGAUAGCUGUUGAAUCAAAGGAGAGUGAGAGGGGAUUGACAAAGAAGCCUGACUUGGUCACUCCACGUAAGGGUAAGAAUAAUGCUCAAGAAGGUAGUAAAAGAGAAGAUAUGGACAAGUCACCACUUGUUGAGAAAGAAUCUACUGAUUGGGAUGAAAGUUCUUUCUUUCUUGGUUUGGAUUUUCUCAAAGAGAAAUGGACCAAGGUGCCUUCUGAGACUAAGAAGGGAACCCAAGAGAAGAUGAAGAAGUUGCAUGCCAAUGAACUUGAAUGUCAAAAAUAUGAAGAGAUGCUGAAGACUAUGAAAGAUAAAUGUGCACAUGACAAGAUAGAGCUGUUGAAUGAGGUUACCUCUUUGAUUAUGGCAGCUGAUUAGAUCCAUGUAUAGUUAGUUAUUGGGUUCUCUUUUUUUAGUUGCAACGGCUCAAUGAUAGCAAUAUCAUCGUCUAUAUAUGUUUAUGGAUUUUAUUUAAAUUCAAUGCUUUUAAGUGUUGUAUUAAAAAAACCUAAGAUUUUAUCUUUCUUUUGUGCU